CUUUCACCCAUUAAUCUCAUCCACAGGCUGCUUCUUCUGCACCAGUACUAUAAAUUACCCAGUGUGACCAUCUUCUCUUCAGACGUUGAUGGUUCGACUCAAACCAUAUUCUGUGAGAAUGAUGGCGGUGAUGAUGAACAAGUUAUGGAAUAUGAGGACUGAGAGAGUAAGGGUGAUCUGUGGGUUGCUAUUGUUGUUGUUGUUGGAAGGCACUCCAACUGAAGUAAAAGAAUGCACAUUGAAGGGAAGGAUGGAUUGACCAAUUCUCAGUUGUAUGCACUUCCUGAGGGCUCUGUGUUUUGGUGGCGCAGACUAUUUGGCCUUGCACGAUUCUGAAUAUCAAGGGACGGUGGAUUCAUGAAGAACAAGUUUAUGGUCAAUCAGAGCCUAGGCUGUUUGGUACUGUAAAAACUUGUAGUGUUGGAUUUCUGAUUGGAAAGUAAACAUUGUAUGAACAAGGAAGUGACCAAACUCUGAACCCACAAUCUGCUUGGAAAUCCUCGGCAUCAAGCAUUUGUUCUUUCUGUCAUGGUAGAGCCUCAAAACAACAGCAGCAGUUUCUUCAAUUGCCCUCUCUGUCAAUU